GGCCGUUGUGUCCGCGAGCUAGGUAGGUCCUUCCAACUUUCCAUGUCUUCUCAGUAACUUGUUGCUGCCAUUUUCUAUGGGUGGAUACAUUGAGGCUACUCCUUGAUAUUAAUGACUCAGGCAGCAAACCCCGAACUGUUUGCGAGCUCUGAGUGGCUGGCCACGCUCUCUAGCCUCAUGUUGCUGUGGCUCACUCCCUUGUUCACGCUUGGGUUUACGGACCAAGUAUUGAAAAAGCAAUGCUGGUUCAUAUUGGAAUGGGUCCUGACAUUGACAGUACAUCCAUCCGUAAGAUCUAGCUACGAUACCGAGACAGAACCUGAGAAAGGGGAUGGACAAGAAGGUAGUCACUAGGUGGCCUCAAUGUCCAAUUCUUUCCGAGAUCUGCCUCUUUCUCCCAUUUACGUGUGCGUUGAAAGCUGACAGGUGGCGGCGUGUAGAUUUAGAAUACGGGAUGAAAUGAAGUUGGAAACGGGACGGAUACGUCUAGUAAACGCCCCCCGGGGCCGACUAUGCGUGUCAUAGGUAUUCGUAUGGAUAAACGACGCGUUGAAGGCGCAAAAGAUACUUAGCUUGUCGCAAGUUUGAAAAGCCCGUUCGGUCACAAGUUCACUUUGAGCCCCUCACCUCCCUCGGCUUUCCAAAAUGGUUCCCGCAGUGAGAUGACGACUCUGACCUGCCGCCUGAGGACGCGAGAUUUGAUUGAUCAUCG